AUAUAGCGGCGCGCGCCCCGGCCUCUCGUCUCAUCGCCCUCCGAUCCCCCAGCCAGCCGGAGACACGACCGAGCGAGCACCCAGAGAGCGCGCAGGAAGCUAAAGGAAGCCGACGACCAUGGCUGCUGACGCCGGCAGGAAGCCGACGGCGACCAAGGCCUCCGACUCCGGCGGCAUCGCCAGGCGGCUCCCGCGCCUCGCGUUCCUGCUGCUGCUGGCGCUGGCGUACCGGCAGCUGCAGGCCCCGCCUCCCAAGAUCCCCGGCACGCCCGGCGGGCCUCCGGUGACGUCGCCGAGGGUCAAGCUCCAGGACGGCCGGCACCUGGCCUACUACGAGUCCGGCGUGCCCAGGGAGGAGGCCAAGCACAAGAUCAUCUUCGUGCACGGCUUCGAUUCCUGCAGAUACGACGUGCUCCGGGUCUCGCCGGAGCUGGCGCAGGAGCUGGGGAUCUACCUGCUCUCGUUCGACCGGCCUGGGUAUGGCGAGAGCGACCCGCACCCGGCGAGGACGGAGAAGAGCAUCGCCUUGGACAUCGAGCAGCUCGCCGACGCCCUGGAGCUCGGCCCCAAGUUCUACCUCACCGGCUUCUCCAUGGGCGGCGAGAUCAUGUGGAGCUGCCUCAAGCACAUCCCGCACAGGCUCUCGGGGGUUGCCAUCCUUGGCCCCGUGGGCAACUUCUGGUGGUCCGGGUUCCCGGCGAACGUGACCCUGGACGCCUGGAACGUGCAGGUGGCGCAGGACAAGUGGGCCGUGGGCGUGGCGCACCACGCGCCCUGGCUCACCUACUGGUGGAACACCCAGAAGCUGUUCCCGGCGUCCAGCGUCAUCUCCUUCAACCCCGCCAUCUUCUCCAGGGAGGACAGGGCCGUCAUCCCCAAGCUCGCCUCCAGGACCUACGCCUACCAGGCGCGGCAGCAGGGGGAGCACGAGAGCCUGCACCGCGACAUGACGGUCGGGUUCGGCAAGUGGAGCUGGAGCCCGCUGGAGCUGGAGGACCCGUUCCCGGGCGGCGAGGGCAGGGUGCACCUGUGGCACGGCGCCGAGGACCUCAUCGUGCCCGUGGGGCUGUCGCGCUACAUCAGCCAGCGGCUGCCGUGGGUGCGCUACCACGAGCUGCCCACCGCCGGCCACCUCUUCCCCGUCGCCGACGGCAUGGCCGACACCAUCUUCAAGUCGCUGCUGUUCGGGGACGAGUGAUCGAAUUUAGUUUUGGGGUGUAAAAUGACUCUUGUAGCGCAGUGAAGUGAGGAUAUGAUGCUAGCGACACGUCGUUGUGCAUGAUUGUUGCUCCUGUAGAGAGAGAGAAAUAAUAACAAUAUAUAAGUUACUCCCGCAGUCACUGAAUUUUUCUUUGAUCCC